AUUAAAAUAAAAUGAAAAAUCUGACUGAUAGCCAAGUUUGUGUGGAGAAAAAGGAGCCAUGCAUGUGAUGUAAGGACAGACUGAAAGAUGCUAAACAGAGACAGAAAUUAAUGCAUAGAAAGUUGACAAAUUUGAACCAAAAUCUCUAGAAGCAGAUUUUUGCCGCUGCCGUGCAAAGCGAAACCGGAAGUAAGUGGCCGUGAAUCAUCUCGCUCCACCUCGACACUCUUCGACGUUAAACUGACUCGUCGGUCGACAUUUUCGGCACAGCAUCAUCAGCGCUGACGUGAAACUACGUGAGCGAAGGCACAGGCCGUCCACCCCAUGGUGUAAUUAGUGACGAGUCAGACUACGUAAAACUUCGGUGAACGACUAUGGACGCCUCAGUCUCGCCUCAGCUGGACAGCAGUCUAAACAACUCAGUGACAGAUGGAGAGGAGAACCACAGUGAAGACAGUUCGUCUCCUGCAGAACCUCCUCAGGUGUCGGGGGCAGAAGAGUCUCCUGAUGUGACUGUUGUCCAGCUGUUUGACGGUCAGACGGUGCAGGUCCAAGGGGUCAUCCAGGCCCCUCAGACCUCUGUCAUACAGUCUCCACAAGUCCAGUCUGGACAGAUUGCCACUGUAGCAGAGCUGGAGGAUGAUGAGUCAGACACCCAGAAGAGACGGGUGCUUCUCUCCAGGCGUCCGUCUUAUCGAAAAAUUCUCAAUGAGCUUUCAUCGGAUGCACCAGCAGUUCCUAAAAUCGAUGAAGAGAAGACGGAGGAGGAGGUGCAGGUCUCCAGUUCCUCAGCAUCGGUGCCGACCUCCAUCUACCAGACCAGCUCAGGACAAUAUAUUGCAAUCAGUCAGGGGAGAGCCAUCCAGUUGACCAGCCCUGGAGCUGAAGCCCUUCAGGGGGCCCAGACCCUGACGGUGGCCAGUUCCCCCAACCCGCAGCCUGGAGCCACAAUCCUGCAGUGUGCAGCUCAGCCCGGAGACUCACCACAGCAGUUCUAUAUCCAGGGGGGGCAGGUGCUCGUCCAAGCUGCCACAGGAGACAUACCCGCCUACCAGCUGCGUUCACCUAACUCAGGCCUUGCUCACAGCAUCGUGAUGGCUGCGUCCCCGGGCUCCAUGCAGAACCCCCAACCACAGCAUGCUGAAGAGAUCACCCGCAAGAGGGAGGUCCGACUGAUGAAAAACAGGGAGGCAGCUCGCGAGUGCCGCAGGAAAAAGAAGGAGUACGUCAAAUGUCUGGAAAACCGCGUGGCUGUCCUGGAAAACCAAAACAAGACCCUGAUUGAAGAGCUAAAAGCACUGAAGGACAUUUACUGCCACAAAGCCGAGUAGCGGCGGCUGUUUGUGGUCACGAGCUGAAGACAGUGCCGUUUACAAACUGCUACAGCAAAACACACACACACAAAAAAAGACUCUGGAACAAAAACUGCUUUGACCGUCUUUGUGUCUCUGCUCACUCAGGCCUGGUUUAUGCUGAAUUCAGAAGUGUCCCGGGGAAUUUGAACAGCUUGAGCUUGCCAGUUCUGCUCUUGUUCUUAUCUUGUGCUUUUUGCAUGUUAAGACUCAAGUGUCGUUCACACUAUGCUUGCUGUUGCUUUUGUGCACGGGGUGAAGCCAGCCAAUGAGAGCCAGCUGAAGAAGGACAGGAAGAGGAAAUACAGGUGCUUCCUGAGGAUGCACCGCUCAAUUGCAGAGAUUACCACAAGUCUUUGGCGGGUCAGCCGGGUCUCGGUACCAGCGAGUUUCUCUGAGGUCAGACAAGGUGCACACAAAGCUCCGCAGAUCCAUCACCAGCUGCAAUGAGGCAACUCAACCGCGUUUACCUGAUAAUGUCAUCCGUGUUAUUUAUGCUUCUGUUUUUUUUGCCGUUUCAUGCAUUCCUCAAUGAGAAAAAUAUCUUCAAGCGUUUUUGUCAUUGAAGUGAUUUCCUAGAUUUUAUGUUUUCAGUUUGUAUAGAAGUCCUUGAUUCGGUCAGAAAUAUCUCAAUCAGAACUUGGUUUGAAAGUUAAUUUUCAUUAAAGUAUUUGAAUUGAGUCAAAGCACAGAAAGUACCAAAGUGUCCAUGUGGAUAUCAGCAGAAUUUAUAUUCUAAUAUGUUUUAUUUGAAGAAUUUCACUCCACAUGUUUAUAGUAUCCUCUACAAAGCAAAUGUCACCUAUUAACAAGUUGUUAAACAUGUUACAAAGUCAACUGUACUUUAUUCUAUACUGAAAACCAAACUUUUGUAAAGCAACAUCUUAAGCUGACUCGAAUAACUGUCGUGCUUUACUGUCAGUCUUGUUUUUUCAAAUGGUGGAUAUCCAUUGUGAUAUGAAUUGUAAUUGAUUGUGGCUAGAUAUUAAAAUGCUCUGUUUAAAGGGUGAUGCCAAUUUAUUUUCUCUUUUUUUGAUGUAAAGAUAUUUUAUUUUAAUGAUAAUAUAUCAUCUUGUGUUAAUGUUUCUGGUAAUUUGCUUGCUUUUUCUCUUUCUGUAGUUGUCAAGUUUGUUCCCCUGAAUAAAUUUUACUCAAAGGAUAAAAAGAGCCCCUCUUAAUGUAACAGACCAUCGUGUAUGGCUGUUGGGUAUUUAACUGCUGUUUAACUCAGUGACAACAUUAUGAUUCAUCCAGUAGCUGUCAGCCAACACGAUAACCUGUCAUGCUUUUGUAUUCACAGAGGAAUGGCCAUUAUUUUGUAUUCUAUAAAAAAGGCAGAUGAUAUUGAAUCCAGGUGUUCUUUGAUAUCAACUGAGUCAAAACUUCUCUGCAUGUUUUUUUCUUUUUGCCGUAUCAAAUGGCACUUAUCUUUUACCAGGUGUUCUUCUCAGUGUACUUCCUUGUUUGAAUUGUAAAACCAAAACUAUUUUUGUUUAUCUAAUAAAAUAUUCAGAUGUGAAA